AAAGAAAGGACUUUUGCAACUCUACUUCUCCUGUCCAGACGAGGACUCGGUCCAGACACACCACCCCAACGACCCCUCUCCCCUCCUACUCUCCCGUGUGUUCUCCUACUUCUCCUCUCCGACGGAGGCAUCUCCUCCUGCCCCCUACCUCGGCGCACACGGGAUUCCACCAUUGGCAGAAAAGAUCAAGGCGGUGACGGGGAGUAGGGGUUCCACCAUUGGCUGCUUCGUCUGAAGGAGAAGGAAUCUUACAUGAUCCCUGUAAACAGGAGGGGAACUCAGCCUAGGGCUGGGAUGGAGUACUUCGAUGCUAGGCGUAAACCACAUAAUCUUGGGAAAGUUGUUGUGGCCCUGGUCCUCAUAACACUCUGUAUAUUUGUUCUGAAGCAAUCUCCUGUUUUUGGUGGGACUAGCGUGUUUUCUCGGCAUGAACCUGGGGUUACCCAUGUCUUAGUAACGGGAGGUGCUGGCUAUAUUGGUUCACAUGCCUCAUUGCGGCUGUUAAAGGACAACUAUCGAGUUACCAUUGUGGACAAUCUUUCUAGAGGAAACAAGGGAGCAGUAAAGGUUCUCCAAGAAUUGUUUCCGGAGCCUGGUAGACUUCAAUUCAUCUAUGCAGAUCUUGGGGAUCAAAAAUCGGUCAACAAGAUAUUUGCUGAAAAUGCAUUUGAUGCUGUGAUGCACUUUGCUGCUGUUGCCUACGUGGGUGAGAGUACAUUGGAACCCCUUAGGUAUUAUCACAAUAUUACAUCGAACACCUUACUGAUUUUGGAGGCUAUGGCUUCUCAUGGAGUCAAGACACUUAUUUACUCUAGUACCUGUGCCACAUAUGGAGAACCGGAGAAGAUGCCUAUAAUAGAAACUACACCUCAGCUCCCAAUUAACCCCUAUGGAAAAGCCAAGAAAAUGGCAGAGGACAUCAUACUAGAUUUCUCGAAGAGAACAGAUAUGGCUGUCAUGAUUUUAAGAUAUUUCAAUGUUAUCGGAUCAGACCCAGAGGGAAGACUAGGUGAGGCUCCUAGGCCUGAGCUACGAGAGCAUGGAAGGAUAUCCGGGGCAUGCUUUGAUGCCGCAUUAGGAAUCCUUCCAGGAUUGAAGGUUAAAGGAACAGAUUAUCCUACAGCUGAUGGUACCUGCAUAAGAGACUACAUUGAUGUCACAGAUCUAGUCGAUGCUCAUGUGAAAGCGCUCGACAAGGCAGAGCCUAGUAAAGUUAGCAUUUACAAUGUUGGCACUGGAAGAGGUCGUUCUGUUAAGGAGUUUGUGGAUGCCUGCAAACAGGCAACUGGGGUUGACAUCAAAGUUGAGUACCUCAGCAGGAGGCCAGGAGAUUAUGCUGAAGUGUUCAGUGACCCUACGAAGAUCAACAAUGAGCUCAACUGGACUGCUCAACAUACCAAUCUCAAGGAGAGCCUGUCGGUCGCAUGGAGAUGGCAGAAGUCACAUCCACGUGGCUACGGGACAAACUAAAUAGAGCCUGCAGUCAAUAACUCUGCUGAAAUCGUUGAUACAUAUUGAUUCUGUAGUUAGUGGUAUAGGAUCUUGGCACCUGGUUUUUUGUUCUUCCUUUUUCUGUUUUUGAAAGGUUUGCUUUUGUUGGUGGAAAUAUAAUCGGCGAUCUGGAUAUGCUGGAAAUCCUAUAAGCAUUCCUGUACUUAAGAGCAAAUUGCUGAUUGAAAGAAUUGUACAUUUCUUCUGCCAUUCAAAUCUGUACGGUUAACCGAACCUGCUCGAAAUUCAUGAUGUUUUUGGCUCUGGCUAUGCGAAACAUAUUUUUGCGCACAUUUUGUGCUGCUGCAA